CCGGCCGGCGCACUCGCAGGAGGCGCCUGGGCCCGCCCUCCUCGGGCCGAGCCGGGCGGGGAGAGCCGCUGGCCCCUCCCCUCCGCCGCCCUCCCCAAAGUUGCCGUCUCCCCCGGGCCCGGACAGUCUUAUGAUCCAGCGGAUCCUCCCGGGGAGGCCGGGCCGGGCAGCGGGCGCGGGCGCGGGCGCCGAGCGGCGGGGGCAGCAGGCGGGCGCGGCGACCCGGGCCGGGGCGGGGAUCCGCGCGGGGAGCGCAGCAGCGGCGGCGGCAGCAGCGCCCCGGGCCCGCCGCCCCCUCCCCUCCCGCGAGGGGAGCCGCUGCAUGGGGCCGGGGGGGCGACCCAGCUGCGCCGAGCGGCGGCGACGGCGGCGGACCCCCCCGGCGGGCGGCGGCUGAGCCCGGGGCCGAGGCGGGGUCUCCGGGGGGACCAUGCCCGGAGGCCGGCCGGCAGCAGCAUGGCUCACGGGCCCGGCGCGCUGAUGCUCAAGUGCGUGGUGGUGGGCGACGGGGCGGUGGGCAAGACGUGCCUGCUCAUGAGCUAUGCCAACGACGCCUUCCCGGAGGAGUACGUGCCCACCGUCUUCGACCACUACGCAGUCAGCGUCACCGUCGGGGGCAAGCAGUACCUCCUGGGACUCUAUGACACGGCCGGACAGGAAGACUACGAUCGUCUGAGGCCUUUGUCUUACCCAAUGACUGAUGUCUUCCUCAUAUGCUUCUCCGUCGUCAACCCAGCCUCGUUUCAGAAUGUGAAAGAGGAGUGGGUGCCGGAACUUAAGGAAUAUGCACCAAACGUCCCCUUCUUGUUGAUAGGAACUCAGAUUGAUCUCCGGGAUGACCCCAAAACGUUAGCAAGACUGAAUGAUAUGAAAGAAAAGCCCAUAUGUGUGGAACAAGGACAGAAGCUAGCAAAAGAGAUAGGAGCAUGCUGCUAUGUGGAAUGUUCAGCUUUAACCCAGAAGGGAUUGAAGACUGUUUUUGAUGAGGCUAUCAUAGCCAUUUUAACUCCAAAGAAACACACAGUAAAAAAAAGAAUAGGAUCAAGAUGUAUAAACUGUUGUCUGAUCACGUGAGAGCCAUCUGCGGUGGCCAAGGGAACUGUCCACUUCUCAGAUCGCGUGCAAAUGCCGCAGCUACACCCAGACCUCUGAAAGAAGGAAGCGGUUUCAUGUCCUCAGAAUUCUACAGCGUUUAUUAAGAAUGUUUCUUAAAUGUCUAAGAAGCAGCAAACAGCAUCUGAAGCCACAAUCUAUUAUAAAUACUUUAUUUCAACUAGAAGAUACAAUCUCUCAGGGGUUUCAUAGUUUAAAAAGCUACAAUCACAUCAUGUUAACUAUGUAAAAAAACAGUGCUGUAAAUGGAACUGCUUGGCUUUGACCGUAGACAUUUCUGCACAGCCCUUAUGGAACCUGCACAAAGAAAUAUCUUCUCCCUUUGCUCCAAUUAAUUGUUCUUGUAUGUAAGUUGCUUUCUAUUCCGGUAUAUCCAGAGUGGUGACAGAACAAGGCCAGCCACGUAGCCAAAGGUCGCUCCGAGCGUACAGGAGAUGGGCCACACCUGCGGAGAGAAUGUACGAGAUCAAAAAAGAACAAAUGUCUUCUUGAGCACAAGUUAAGUGUAUCCUAAGUAUUUCUAUAUUAAAGCUUAAUGUGCUUUCUUAAAGAAUGCCAAAAGUGUAAUAAGGUCAUACCUGCAUUUAUCAUGAACACUAAAAAAUGUACACAUUUUAGUUAAUGUGCAUUCAAUUGUAUCAAGGCUUCUGCGAAUUGUAGAUUUAGUUUGCUCCCCAAACUGCAUGAGAUACAGGCUAAAGUUACAAAUUAAAAUUUUGGGUCAGAAUUUGCCAUAAUACUGGACUCAAUUUAGCUUUCUGAACUAGCUAGUGAUUUAAAAAAAAAAAAACAAAUCUCAUAUUGGCUGUGUAUAUGAAAUGAAAUGGCAAGUGUGUAUGCUGACCAAACCACAACAAACUUUAAUGUCGUUAAAGAGGAAAGAUGUAGAAUUCAAGCAUGUUCAUGGAAUUUAUAACAGAGCAGCUGCUUCCACAAAACUCUGUAACGUUCCAGAUAUAGCACGGGAACUACAGCAGAAGUUAUAGAACUGUAACUUGCGUAUCCACACAGACUGUAAGUUAAACAUAAUACUGGCUUCCAAACACCCAGUUUUCUCCAGCCGCAUUACAUCUCACAAUAUGACAUCAAGCCAGAAGUAAACAGUGUUGGUGGAUUUCAUCUAGAUCAGCGUGUGUCGGUCGCUUGUAAAAGGCUCCGUUUAGAACCACAGUUGGAGACAAAUCUUCCUGUUCACCUGGGAACUCACGCCGUAUACUGGAGCCAUCUCUGAUCUCUGUCUUGGGGGAACGGGCCAUACAGCUGUGCAGGGGUGAACCAUCUUACUCACGCUUCCUUUUACCUGACCCGGCUUCCUGUUUGGUCUGCUGUGAAGCUCUGCCUUAUUCCAGACAAUAGUGUUAGACACACUUCAUUGAGAACAGCAUAAUGCAGUUUAGAGACGUGUAAUCAAAUCCAUCAUUUUUCCAGCUUUUCCUACAUUUCAACUUGCUGUUGCCUAAAUUACGAUUUUUUUAAGUCUUUGGUGAGCUUCUGAUAACUUCCAUGACUUGAGCUUAUAGCUAUGUCUCUUGCACAGAUUGGGUAAUGGAACACUAAACUUUUAUACUUGAAAAUGAUAGCCUUAAGUGCUCCUAUCAGUCACAAACCUAGGAUGUACUGUCUUGUUGUAUGUGAGCUUUGUAGAAAUUUUUUAAAAUAAUGAGCAUCAUCUUCCCUAGUGAAGAUGGAGAGUCUACUGGAUAAAUGGUCUGGAGCUUUCUCUCUGAGCUAGACAUUGGAUAUCUUCUUUCUCCCAAGACAUGGUGGUUCACAUUAAGUAUCAUGGCCUUAAAUGUGCUCAAGUGAAUCUUAAAUGUAACCUUCCAUUAAAUUUUGACCUAAUAUUUUUAGGUAGAAUUGACAAAAAUUGCAUAAACCAAUCAACAUAUUAGCUAAGCUAUCCAACUUAUGCUAUAAAGGAAUUAAGACAGUAAAGUAUUAUACAUUCCCAAGUUGCCUUUGGGGAUUUGAUGGGAUUUUUUUUUUUUCUUUUUCAAAUUCACAUCUCUGAAACCCUUCGCACUUGAUUUGCUAGCCAAUGAAAGUUAAAACCUAGACUCUGUUCUAUUCUAAGAGAAACAGAUCAGGAAGCUGGAGACAUAAACUGGUGUCACCUGUUUCUUGGCGGGCCUCAGUUUCCUCACCUUUCACAAAUGGGAGGAAGAACAUGAUCUCCAGUGUCUCCCGUCAACCCUUAGAUUCUCACCUUUCUUAUUCACAAUAAUCAUUGUUGGAUGUUAACCUUUUGGUUUCACAUUCUCAAGAUGGUAAAAUCAUAUAUUUAGAUUAUCAGAACUCUAAAGCAAAGAUGAUUGUAUCAUCUGAACCUGAGGUGCCUUAGGUACUCUAUUGACCUUGAUGGGGUUUGGAGUUUCCCAUUGCUUAUUAAGAGUGUUUCAAUUGCUUUGGUUCUUUACUAUUUCUGUUUUGCAAAAUCCCUUCUGGCCACUUUAACUAAAAACCAAAGAUUUGUUUUCUUCAUAAGCAGAUUGUAGAAAAAUUGCCUUAUUUGCAGAAGCAUGUCUUCAUUAAAGGCUUAGGUUUCAAGAGAAAUUCAAACUAACCACUGGAAUGACUAUUUCAAACUAGCGAACUAUCUGGGAAAUAAAAUACUUCAAAAAUAUCUGAUUGACAUGAACUUUGCUAGUGAAUGCAAAUACAUUACUUCAAAUAAGGUCAUGUAUGAAUGAACUCAUAAGAACUUUGUAGUUAAUCAGUUUUGCAUAAAGAGAUUUACCAGUUCUUAAACAAUUUUUGGGGCUCCCUGAAAUCUUAUUUAAUACUUUGCUAACUUAUACCCUUAUUCUAUCUCUAUAGCUACAUUUUAGGUUAGUCUGUGUUGAAUUACUGUGUUUCCAAUAAGCAGAGCUUGAAUUAAUGGUUUUUGUUAUGAAUUAUCUUAGUUAACUUACUACAUACUGCUUCCAUUUGACUUUCAUUAUUAAUUUUCAAUACCAAAUUAAAUACUGGUUUGUUGGUUGUUGCUUUUUAAGUGAUUGUUACUUUAACAGUGUCCCUCCUUAACAUAUGGGGUUACAAAUAAAAUAAUAUGCAUAGUUCACUAUCUAUGUAAACCACUGAACUUCUUAGUUUGUAUUUAACAUUGUAUGUGAACAUUUGAGAGAAUAUUCUUUCCUGUUUUCUCAUGCUUGUGAGUCUCCUUGUCAUCGGCCAAGGGUGAGCACCUGCACUCCCUUAACAAGCUCACUGUCCAGGUGUUGGGAGAAUACUAAACCCUGGGGAACGCCAGCUGGAUUCUGUGUGAGUCACUGUCACUUCAGCAUUGCUUUGUCCUCACACACUUUCACAGACGUUCCUUAAACCACCCAACUUCACCUCCACCUGACAGCCAGAUAUGAAAUCAAUGUUUUAAAAGUUUUGUCUAAUGCAAGGUUAAGGCUUAGAAUCUUUGCUAUUUAAUGUUAUAUAAAUCCCAAGGAGUCCAUGCCAUCAGCAGAGUAAAAUGCUGGACUGACUUUUAAGAUUGUUUGCUAGUAGUGGAUCCGCCUUUGUACUUAAAAUAAUAUCUGCUUGACUUUCCUGAAAUAAGCAGUCCUUAAUUAUAACAUAGGCAUUUUUAAAAGAUAAUUUAAUUUUAAUUUUAUUUGAAAUGCAGAGAACUUCAAUCCACUGGCUUGCUCCCCAGGUGCCACAAUCAGGUCUGGGCCAGGCCAAAGGCAAGAGCUCCAUUCAGGGCACCCACACAAGUGGCAGGGACCCAAGUACUUGAGCCAUCUCACCUGAUGCCUCCCAGGGUGCACGUUAGCAGGAAGCUGGAUUGGACAUGGAGGAGCUGGGACUUGAACCCAUAACUCUCAGAGGGGAUGCAGGCAUUCCAAGUGACAGCUUACCCACUGUUCCCUGAGAGUUUCUUUAUCUAACGGCAACAUUCCUGCUUUUUGUAGAGCAAAAUUUUUUUAAAAUGGCAAAAGUAGCAGCUCAAUAAAGGGAGAUAGCAAGACUGCCUAGUGAAAACCACUCCUCGAGCAAUUUCAACUAACUUUCUUAUUGCUUUAAAGAUUUGAAAACUGUAUUAUGGCAACGGAAUUCAUAUUGACUUGUCAAGCAAUCUAGCUUCCUCAUGUGUCUUACUAAUUAGGUCUUAGGAGCAAGCAUUUGGGACAGUGGUUACUCCCAUCAGAGUGCCUGGGUUAGAGCCUCUAUUCCAGCUUCCUCCUUAUUUGCAUCCGUGGGAGACAGCAGGUGGUGGCUCAAAUACUUGGGGCCCUGCCACCCACUGGGAGAGAGACUGAAUGCCUGGUUCAAGGCUUCAGUCUGGCCCAAUUGCCAUGGUGAAUGGGCAUUUGGAGAGUGAAUCGGUGGAUAGGAGAUCUCUCUGCCUUUUUAAUUAAAAUUACUAAAAAUCCGAUCUUAAAAUUUUCUGUCUUUACGUAUAGAGAUUUUUCUAUUCAACAUUCUUCAUGGCACAAAUAGUAUUUAAAAAUACAUGCAGUAUAUGGGGCUGGCACCAUGGCUCACUUGGUUAGUCCUCCACCUGUGGCGCUGGCAUCCCCUAUGAACACCAGGUUCUAGUCCUGGUUGCUCCUCUUCCAGUCCAGCUCUCUGCUGUGGCCUGGGAGUGCAGUGGAGGAUGGCCCAAAUCCUUGGGUCCCUGCACCUGCAUGGGAGACCAGGAGGAAGCACCUGGCUCCUGGCUUCAGAUCGUCGUAAUUCUGGCCAUAGCAACCAUUUGGAGGGUGAACCAACAGAAGGAAGACCUUGCUCUCUGUCUCUCUCUCUCUGUCUAACUUUAUCUGUCAAAUAAAAAAAAAAAAUACAUGUAGUACCAAACAGAUGACUCAGUUGCAUUACCACAAACAUUUCUCCAAAUUCUGUUUAAUGAAAACAGAAAACUUCUAACAGACAUUCAUGGAAAGGAAGUCGUUCACAAGUGUUUGACACCAAAAUGACAAUCUUUUCAUCCAGUUUUAAAAAAUCAAAUUUUUGGCCAGCACCACAGCUCACUUGGCUAAUCCUCCACCUGCAGCAAUGGCACUCCGGGUUCUAGUCCCAGUUGGGGCGCCGGUUCUGUCCCGGUUGCUCCUCUUCCUGUCCAGCUCUCUGCUGUGGCCCCGGAAGACAGUGGAGGAUGGCCCAAGUGCUUAGGCCCUGCACCCGCAUGGGAGACCAGGAGGAAGCACCUGGCUCCUGGCUUCAGAUAAGCGCAGUGCCGGCUGUAGCAGCUAUUUGGGGGUUGAACCAAUGGAAGGAAGACCUUUCUCUCUGUCUCUCUCUCUCACUGUCUAACUCUGCCUGUCAAAAAAAAAUCAAAUUUUUUAAAAAAUUAUCAAAUAGAAUAACCCUUGUUGCAUAAAAAUACAAUACAACCUAAGUGGGUACAAAUGAAAAUUACCAUGAAAAAGAAACCCUUCUAAAACCUGAGUGGCUGGGAAGGAGAACUAUUAUCUAUUAUUGUCUUCUCUCUGCAUCAAGUGACUCCUUGUUAUGUAUCUUCCAUCAUAAACUCAAAAAGGCCAAUAUUCUCUUAAAAUAAUUAUGCUGGAAAGCGGUUCUUUAAAAAGUUCAUGAAAAUGUGUACUGGAAAAACUCUGCAUGGAUUUCAAAAAAUUUUGUGCCAAAAUAAACACCUCUUAUUUCCACUUUUGCAUGAA